CGUGUGUUUAAUUGCAUAUGCUAUAUAACAGACAAGUAGCAUUGCUCAGUUUCAACUUUCAAUUCAUCCCUGAUGACUUGCCGAGACAAAUGCAUCUUACUGUGCAGCAAUGCACAGAGAAAAAGGAUGGCCUAGAAGAAACGGCCAAGGGAAAUAAAAAAAUAACAGAAGACACAUUCAAUGGUACAUAUAGAAACCAAUGAUUGAUGUCUGACGUUAAGGGCCUAUUUCUCAAAUCCCUUGCAUUUGUCACACCGUCCACUUCCAGAACCAGCAGCAACAGCUACCGGCUGGUCUUUUCCUUUGUACCUGUCAUCAGUUUCAACCACUCAUGUCUUUUCCCUUUUGAUUCUCAGUCAACCACACUCCUUCUAUAUAAUACGUACUUCUUCAUUCUUUACAUCCUCACCACAAACCAAACCAAAGACAAAUUAAACAAUUUUAACAUCAAUCUCCGAGGGGUAAGAAAACAGAUAGAGAGGAAUGAACAACGAGGAAGUCCCAUCAUUACCUUCCACACCUGCAACACCAGGGACUCCCGGUGCUCCUCUCUUUGGUGGCCUCAGGUUUGAGAAACCUAAUGGUAGUGUUGUUAGGAAAUCGUCCUUCCUCAAAAGUUGCAAAUGUUUCAGUGUUGCAGAAUGGACUUUAGAAGACGGGGCCAUGCCUAGAGUCUCUUGCUCUUUACCAUCCCCUCAUAUCCCUCUCGCAAAAAAGAUUGGAGCUGAGUUUAUUGGGACGUUCAUUUUGAUGUUUGCCGCAAUAGGCACUGCUAUUGUGAACCAAAAAACACAUGGAUCAGAAACUUUGAUCGGAUGUGCUGCAGCCAAUGGACUUGCUGUCAUGAUUAUCAUUUUCUCUACGGGCCAUAUCUCCGGGGCUCAUCUUAAUCCCGCUGUCACCAUUUCCUUUGCUGCAUUAAAGCAUUUCCCCUGGAAAAAUGUGCCUGUGUAUAUUGGUACACAAGUUUUGGCAUCAGUAAGUGCUGCAUUUGCUCUGAAAGUGGUUUUUCAUCCGUUCAUGAGCGGUGGAGUGACGGUCCCUUCAGUGGGAUAUGGGCAAGCUUUCGCCACAGAGUUCAUUGUCAGCUUUAUUCUUAUGUUCGUUGUGACUGCAGUGGCCACCGACACAAGAGCUGUGGGAGAGCUCGCGGGAAUCGCGGUGGGAGCUACUGUCAUGCUCAACAUACUCAUAGCCGGGCCAACAACUGGAAGUUCAAUGAACCCGGUUAGAACAUUGGGUCCAGCAAUAGCUGCAAACAACUACAAGGGCAUAUGGGUCUAUCUCAUAGCUCCCAUACUUGGAACUCUAUGUGGGGCAGGUGCCUACACUGUGGUCAAGCUGCCUGAGGAAGAGGCAACAAAGACACCUUCUUCUGCUCCUAAUGGGAGCUUCAGAAGGUGAUGAUAUAUAUAUGAUUAAUCAUUUUCAUGCAUCCCCAGCAAUUCUUCAUCACAUGAUGCACCUAAGAAAAACAUACCUCGAUCAGAAUCAGCCAUAUGGGAUAUGAGAUAUUUGUGCAUGCAUGAUGAUAUAGAUAUUGCCGGAAGAAGCAAGCAAAAUUGAGCACUGUUUGGUGCAUGCACGUACGUAUACUAGCUAUAUUAGAUAUCGAUCUGUGUACUUCAGAUGCAUCGAUGUGUACUGUAAAAUAUCCCAGGACGACAAAAUGAUCAGUGAUUUUUGUACAUGCACGUACCAUGCAUGCAUCUGCUGUAGCCGUUGUUGUUUUAUUAAUAAAUAUAAUAUCAGUAGAAAGAAAUCGAGCUGCAUGGGAUCUUUACCUCCCAUCUUGUCAUUUA